CGCCGUGCAGAACGGCGGGAAAAUUGAAAACGGAGCGCAAACGUGAACUUUAUCGCUUUUCCGCUCUAUUCUCAUUCAAUUGAAAUCACGAAUUCAGACGUCGUGUAGUAAUAGUGGAAUACAGAACGUAUAUUUUAAUUAUUGAUAGUGGCGAAUUUAUGUGUAAUUUUUCUACGAAACUUUUGUGCAAUUCUAUUGGGUGAAUUAAAAAAAAAAAAGAGUUUCAACUUAACAUUUGAUGUGCAUGUGCAACAGUAUUUAUUCGAGUGAAGAAGAAUAGCACUCUUAACCAAGUCCUCAAAUGGAACUUUUACUUUUAAUAGUGUUCUCUUUAGUUUUUUCACCGACACUCCGAGUGAGGGGAGAAGAUUGUGGUCAAGAUGAGUUGGUCCAGUGUGCGAGGCCACUUCAAGUACUAUCAGCGACAUCAGAGUUAUCUUUUGUGUCAACGAAAGAGGAAUUGGAUAAACUUUGUCCAGACCUACACUUCGGAUUACAUUGUAUAAGAAGUUACACAAGGCGAUGUAUGAGCAUUUAUCAACGAGAUCAUUUCAAUAAAUUGUAUCACGGUACCAGCCAAGUGAUACACGAAUUAUGUGAGGAAGGACCUAAUCAGGAAGAUUUUCUGAAACAUGCUCCAUGUAUGAGGCAUGUGAAGAAGCAAUAUGAGACCUGUUCCAGCACCUAUCAGGCUACCAUGUCAAGAAUUGGUCAGAUUGUACCAGAGCCUAGUGACGCAUCCUUCACUGCUGAUCGUGGAGAUGACCACAAUCUAACAAGAGCACAUUCGUAUGAAAUAGAACGAAUUAAAACAGUCUGCUGUGCUUUCAAAGAUUACAUUGAUUGUUCUGAGCAAGUAGUGAGACUGGCGUGCGGUGAGGAGACAGCUAACUAUACGAGACGUUUCUUGGACAAAAUGUCCUCAUCGCUCAUGACGAUGCACUGUGAGGAUUAUGGGCCUGAAUCCAACAAAUGUGCUAAUACUGAAACAUUUAAUCACAGCACAUCAAUUACACUCUCACACUUAACAUUUGUUACACUUUUGUACAUUGUCAUGAUGUUAUGUUAUUGAUUAUUCUCAAUAUAAUUUAAAUAAUAUUUAAAUAAUAAAAAACGAUAUCAUGUGACCAUCCACGAAUUUAAAUUUAUGUUUUUUGUAUAGAGCUUUAUUUUACCACAUGAUAAAAAAAAUGUAAUUACUUUUUAUGUUUUAGAAAGCAAUAAAAACUGAAAAUUUUAAACUUGUGCCAAAUAUAUAAUGCCAGUCAUUCAAAUAGCAUAUCAAUUAUAUUGUAUGAUAUUAUUUCUUAAUUAUUUCUUAACUUUAUAUUCGGGCUUAAAUACAAUUCGGCUCUCAAAACAUUUUAUAUAAAUUUAUAUAGAAAGAGUUAAUCAUAAAAAAAAGAUUGCUCAAAAAUUAUUUUAUAGGUAAGCGUAACGCGCAAGAGGAUAAUUAAAUUGAGAUAUAAAAAAUGAUUGAAUACUUACUAUAAAUUGUAUUUUGUGAUUGUAAAUAUAAAACCAUUAAAGUCAUUAUAGACCGGAAUGAAAAUGAUAAA